GUGGCCCAGAUCAGGCUGAAUGACCACUCCACAUCCUCCUGCUGGUGCCCUGCGUCUGGCCGGCCAGCGGGAGUCCCCUUGGUGGAAGCCUGUGGUAAAGGGCCAUAAAGUGGGGCGGCGCUUGGCAGGGGCGAAGGUCGCCGAGGCAGGAACUGUACCAGCCCUGACGCCAGAGAGCUGGACCCUCCCGUCAGAUGACAGCGGCCAAGAUGGGGGCUCAGGCCCUGCGAUGGCCUCCCCUGCUGCUGGCGCUGCUCACCGUGCUGCUUGGCCAUUCCCCGGGAGCCACAGCCCAGACUCAGGUCUGCUCGGUGGACAAGACCUUCCUCCAAGUGCAGGAGAAUGAAAACAUCACGGAAGCCCUGGUGAACAUCUCCGUCCCAGAUGGCCAGCAGGUGACCCUCGGAUCCUCGUCCACCCCAUCCGCAUUUCGGAUCCUAGAAAACCAGCUCUUUCUCAGCGUGAUUCCUGAUUAUGAGGAGAAUACGAUGCUGGAGGCACACCUGGAGUGCAAGAGGGGGGACACCGUGGUGACGCAGCUGAGGGUGUUUGUGGUGGUGCUGGAUGUCAACGACAACGCCCCAGAGUUCCCCUUCACCACCAAGGAGCAGGACGUGCAGGAGGACACCAAAGUGAACUCUACGGUCAUCCCUGAGGCAGAACUACAGGCCACGGACCGUGACAAGGACAGCACCUUAUUCUACACCCUACAGGAAGUGACCCCAGGUGCUGGCAGCUUCUUCUCCCUUUUGGGGGUGAACCGCCCUGCCCUGAGGCUGGACCGGGCCCUGGACUUCUACCAGUGGCAGAACAUGACCUUCCGGCUGCUGGUGCGGGACACAAGGGAGGAGCACCAGGAGCCCAGCCACACAGCCACGGCCACCCUGGUCCUGAAGGUGCUGCCCGCUGACCUGCGGCCACCCUGGUUCUUGCCCUGCUCCUACUCAGACGGCUCCAUCUGCAUCCAGGCUCAGUACCGGGGGGCCAUCCCCACAGGACACACACUGCUGUCCCCCCUCAUCCUGCGUCCGGGGCCCAUCUAUGCUGUGGACGGAGAUCGGGGCAUCAACGAGCGGGUCAUCUACAGCAUUAUAGGGGGAAACAAGGACAACACAUUUGCCAUCGACUCAGACUCUGGCAACCUCACCAUGACCAAGAGUGUCCCCAGCCCCAUGACAUUCCUGCUACUGGUCAAGGGUGAACAGGCUGAUCUGGCCCGUUACUCGGUGACCCAGGUCACUGUGGAGGCCCGCCAGGCCCAUGGGAGCCAGCCCCACUUCUCCCAGAGCCUGUACCGAGGCACUGUGGCCCCUGGCUCUGGGUCUGGUGUGGCUGUCAAGGAUGCCACCUCCCCCUCUCAGCCUCUGAGGAUCUGGGCUCAGGACCCCGAGUUCCCGGACUUGAACUCGGCCAUUACCUAUCAAAUCACCAACUGCUCCGAGUUCCGGAUGGCCGGAGAGAUGGUGCUGACUGCCACGGCAAUAGAGCAAGCCGGGGUCUUCUACGCAGAGGUGGAGGCCAGGAACACGGCGACUGCGGGUGUAGCCACCACUGUUGUUGAGAUUCGCGUUUCAGAGCAGGAGCCCCCGUCCACAGGCUCCCCAGAGCCCCCCACAUCCCCAGAGACUGGAAGAACAACUGGGCCCUGGAGCAGCACCACUUCGGAAGCCCCCAGGCCCCCUGGGACCUCUCAGGGACCCUCAACAACCAGCUCUGGGGGUGGCAGUGGCCCUCAUCCACCCCUAGGCACAACUCUGAGGCCACUGACCUCACCCACACCCGGGGGACCCACCAGCCUGGGAGUGGGCACCUCGACCCAACCAGCCACGCCCGGUGGGGGCUCAGCACAGACCCAGAAGCCUGAGACCCCUGGGCCCACGGCUCCCGGUCCGGGAGUGGGCACCUCCCCUCAACCCCCCCCCCCCUGUGGGGGCUCAGCACAGACCCAGAAGCCUGAGACCCCUGGGCCCACGGCUCCCGGUCCGGGAGCGGGCACCUCCCCUCAACCAGCCCCCCCCAGUGGGGGCUCAGCACAGACCCAGAAGCCUGAGACCCCUGGGCCCACGGCUCCCGGUCCGGGAGCGGGCACCUCCCCUCAACCAGCCACACCCAGUGGGGGCUCAGCACAGACCUCAAAACCAGGGACUUCUCCAACGACCACCCCCGAUGUGGGAGCAGGCACGUCACGACCAACCACGCCCGGUGGGGGCUCAGCACAGACCCAGAAGCCUGGGACCUCUCGGCCCACGGUCCCUGGGCCCAGCAGGAGCCCCCCACCCUCAGGGACGCCAGGAAGCAGCACAGGAGGAAGUGUCCCAAUACAGGAUGACCAGCACUUCUCCAUAGUGGACAUGGCAGUGCUGGGAGGGGUGCUGGGUGCACUGCUGUUGUUGGCCCUCCUGGGCCUGGCCAUCCUCAUUCACAAACACUAUGGUCACCGACUGAAUUGCUGCUCUGGCAAAGCUGCGGAGCCCCAGCCCCACGGCUUUGACAAUCAGGCCUUUCUGGGGGACCAGGAGGCCAACUGGGCACCUGCCCCUAGCCCCAGUCCGGGGCCCAAGUCUGUGGAGGUGCCACUGGAGCCGCCCAGCCCCGGGUCCCCUGUCCCUGAGCCUCCCAGCACGGAGUCCCCAGACCCAGGUCCCUUCGCCAGUGCCCCUGAGUCCCCGGUGGCCGCCAGGGCUGUGGACAGCCCCUCAGCAGUGAGAUCCAUCCUGACCAAGGAGCGGCGCCCCGAGGGCGGCUACAAGGCCGUGUGGUUCGGCGAGGACAUUGGGGCCGAGGCCGACGUGGUUGUCCUUAACGCACCCACCGCGGACGCGGACGGCGCGGGCGACUCUGACAGCGAGGACGCUGGCCAGGGCUGGGGUCCCCGCGGCGCGCCUGCGCCGGAAGACGACUCCACCUACAUCUAGCUAGACCUCUCUGCUCGCCCGCAACGGGCCUGGACCCAGGGUCCACUCGCCGCCCCACUUCUCUCGCAGAAUAAAAUUUCACUUUCGAAUCCCAGAA